AUGGAAGAGAAGUUGGAAGAGAAUGAAGACCAGCAGAAAGUUGAUGAAGAGGAGAAGAUAGCAUGUGAAGAAGAAGAUAAAGAAAAAGAGGUGGAGAAAAUUGAAGAGAAUAAAGAGGAGAAGCUGGAAGAGAAUAAAGACCACCAGAAAGUUGAUGAAAGAGAGAAGACAGCAUGUGAAGAAGAAAAUAAAGAAAAAGAGGUGGAGAAAAAUGAAGAGAAGCUGGAAGAGAAUGAACACCAACAGACUUUCGAAGAAGGUGUGACCAUUAAUGUGGCAGAAGUAGAAAAAAAUAUUGAAGAAGACACUGAUGAAAACUCAGUGGAUGUGAUGAACAUUAUUAGGCAAAUCAAUGAUGAAGUUAACAGUGAAGGUAAUGGUGAUGAGACAAACAAUUUAGAUGAAUGA